GCCCCGCCCCGUGCAGCCCCGGGGCCUCGCCGCCCGGGCCAUGGCGCAUAAAGCCUCUGGCCACCUGCCGGGCCGCUCCUCAGUGCGCCGUCGGCCGGGCCCCUGGGUGCCCGCGUCCCCAGAGCCCGCACCGCCCACCGUCCCCGGGCCCCCGCGGAGCCCCGCCAGCGCGCAGACAUGGGCAGCCGGGCCUGCGCCUGCCGGGCGCCCCUGGUGCUGGGCUGCGCCGGGCUGCUGUGCGCCGUGCUGGGCGCCGUCAUGAUCCUGUUGGUGCCCACCAUCAUUGAGCAGCAGGUCUUUAAGAAUGUGCGCAUCGACCCCAACAGCCUGUCGUUCAACAUGUGGAAGGAGAUCCCUGUGCCCUUCUACAUGUCCAUCUACUUCUUUGACAUCCUCAACCCCGAGGAGAUCCUGAAGGGCGAGAAGCCAGCAGUGCAGGAGCGUGGACCCUACGUCUACAGGGAGUUCAGGCACAAGACCAACAUCACCUUCAACGACAAUGACACGGUGUCCUUCCGCGAGCACCGCAGCUUCCGCUUUCAGCCCGACAGGUCGCGGGGCUCCGAGAGCGACUACAUCAUGAUGCCUAACAUCCUGGUUAUGGGCGCGGCGGCCAUGAUGGAGCACAAGCCCAUGGAGCUGAAGCUGCUAUUGACGCUGGCCUUCAGCACCAUGCGGCAGCGCGCCUUCAUGAACCGCACAGUCCGGGAGAUCAUGUGGGGCUAUGACGACCCCCUGGUGGACUUCAUUAGCAACCGCUUCCCCGGCAUGCUCCCCUUCAAGGGCAAGUUCGGGCUCUUCGCAGAGCUCAACGACUCUGACUCUGGCCUCUUCACCGUGUUUACCGGCGUCAAGAACUUCAGCCGCAUCCACUUGGUGGACAACUGGAAUGGGAUCAGCAAGCUCAACUACUGGCACUCGGACCAGUGCAACAUGAUCAACGGCACCUCAGGGCAGAUGUGGGCACCCUUCAUGACCCCCGAGUCCUCUCUGGAGUUCUAUAGCCCCGAGGCCUGCCGGUCCAUGAGGCUCACCUUCAAGGAGACGGGGGUGUACGAGGGCAUCCCCAUCUACCGCUUCGUGGCUCCCAACACCCUGUUUGCCAACGGCUCCGUGUACCCGCCCAACGAGGGCUUCUGCCCCUGCCGGGAGUCAGGCAUCAUGAACGUCAGCACCUGCCGCUUCAAUGCACCCCUGUUCCUGUCGCACCCUCACUUCUACAACGCUGACCCUGUGCUGGCUGAGGCGGUGACAGGCCUGGACCCCAACCCCGAGGAGCACUCCCUGUUCCUGGAUGUGCACCCGGUCACGGGCAUUCCCAUGAACUGUUCUGUGAAGCUGCAGCUCAGCCUCUUCAUCAAGGCCAUCAGAGGCAUCGGGCAAACGGGGAAAAUCGCGCCCGUGGUGCUGCCCAUGCUGUGGUUUGGUGAGAGCGGAGCAAUGGAAGGCGAGCCCCUUCAGACCUUCUACAAGCAGCUGGUGCUGGUGCCCAAGGUGCUACAGUACGCCCAGUACGUGCUGCUGGGCCUGGGCUGCUUCCUGCUGCUCAUCUUCGCAGUCUACGAGAUCUUAGUCCAGGGGAGAUGCUAUUUAUUUUGGAGUAGUAGUAAAAAGGGCCCAAAGGACAAGGAGGCCAUGCAGGCCUAUUCUGAAUCCCUGAUGACCUCCGCGCCCAAGGGCACAGUGCUGCAGGAGGCGAGACUGUAGACUCCUGUCGGUGCCUCAAGCCAGCUCCAGUCAGCUGCCCAGCCAAAACAGCCUGCUAGCCCCUGCACCCCGCUUCUUCAGGACGCUCCCAGCAGGCCACUGGCCAGCCCCCCAGUCUGAGAGCCCCUGCACACACACGGCACACCCCCAUCUCCCGAGCACACACAUGCGCAGGUGGUGCAGACACACUCAGGGAUGCAGCCACUGCUGAGGACUCAUCAACAGGGCCUGUUCUGGAACCUUCUCUCCAAGAGACCCAAACUGCUGGACGGCAGGUGCCGUGGCCGCUGAGUCUACCCCACCCUGUUGGGGCGGGCGGUCGAGGCUCAUCUGUUCAGUCAUGGGGCCCAGCUCCCAAUGACUCACCUCCUCUCCCCAGCUGUCUUCCUCAUGGUUGAGAAACACUGCACACCCCUUGGUGGCUCGUCCCCCUCAUAAGGGGUCCCUGAGAACACCCUGAGCCCAAGAUAACAGCUGCUCCCUCAGGCUCCCUGCCUGAUCUCCCUCAAGUCCACUCAGGCACCAGACUUGGGUGCCUGGGUCUCCUUCCUCCAGCUGACACUGACCAUCCUGACACAGAGCAAAGGUGGCAGGAGGGCCAGCCCUCAGCUUUCAGGUGCCAGGAGAGAUGCCAGGGGGCCCCAGCACCCAGGUUUUUACUCAAGUGGUCGACCUUCCACCUGGUGCUCCUGCUCCCCAGGGCAAAUCUCAUCUCUUUUCUACUGGAAGAUAAAUAACUUUUGUUGUAUUUGGAAAAGAAUUCACAAUUGAAAACAUUGACAUAAUAAAUCUUUUUUAAAAGUAA